CAUUUUUUCCUUACAGCCAAUCCGACGCCGUCAUCCGUCAAGCGGAUUACCUAAAGCCUAGAAGAGAUGUUCCUGCAAACCAGAUAGCUGUUUGGGUAAUAGUGAUGAUGGUGGAUUAGGUGAGUACAAUUCAAUACGCGUGUCAGAUAGUGCGUGUCCAUAGUAACAGCACCUACAAACGCACCAUCAUCGUAUUUGCCUCAAUGCUGCAAAGGCUGAAGCACUGAGAAGCCUCGAGCCUUUUAGGAGACUAAACGCUGAGAUAAUCGCACCACACCUUUCCCAAGCCUGUAUCUGGUGCACAUAAACGCUCCCUUAGCAUCGGGUGUGUGGAAAAAUUGCGCACCGAUGCUGUUUUCUCAGGGGGACAGUCGAUGGCCAAUGAUGUCAGUGACGUGGAGACAACGGAGCGUCUGAGCAUCAACUUCAACAACUGCUGCUGCUGAGCUGAGCUUUCAUUACAAACCAGCUAUUUAUUUCAGCUAUCGUGUCGUUGUCGUACUAAACAGACUGCGUUGUCGUUGUGUGCUCGAAUGAUGUGAUCUACUACGUUGGGGUAUAUGGUAAAAGUAGUGCUCGUGGAUGCGUAAUGCUGUCCGACUGGCCCGUUAGUCGAACCUGACACCAUCGACAUGCUGCCGGGCUCGAUACAGAUCACGGGAGAGGCGCUGUCUGCGGCGGAGAUCAAGGAUAUAUGUGAAAGUCUGAAGGAGAACAGUGUGAGACUGCUGUCUGUACGCGGCUGUCAGCUGUCCGAUCGAGACUUUGGCCGCGUGUGUCGUGGCGUGGCAGAGUCUCACUCUCUCGCGCAGUUAAACCUGAACCUCGGCGUGGUGUCCACCAUCGGACGGACGAAGCAGCUGGCAGAUGCAUUAAAAGCUAACAGAUCCAUACAGACCUUAUUUUUACAUGGGAGUCCACUUUUGGAUACAGGACUGGUCACUCUGAAUGGAGCUCUUUCCACUCACCCCUCACUGGUGUCCUUGGAUUUGGGAGACUGCAUGCUGGGAGAUGAAGCUGUACGGCUCAUUUGUGGUAUGCUGCCUCCGGACGGAGCCAAAUCGGGUCUCAAGGAGCUCACACUGAGUGCCAACCCAGCCAUCAGUUCUCAGGGUUGGGCUCGACUGGCCAUCGCCGUCGCUCACAGCUCACAGUUACGGGUCCUCAACCUCGACUACAAUCCAUUAGGGGAUCAGAUUGCAGGAAUGUUGGCUGUCGCUGUUGCCUCCAGCAGAACUCUGGAAGUUCUGGAUUUGGAGGGAACUGGACUCACCAAUCAGUCAGCACAGGUCUUCCUAGACAUGGUUGAGAAUUACCCCACCAGUUUGCGCGUGCUGGUUCUAGCUGAGAACGAUAUCAGCCCGGAGCUGCAGCAGCAAAUCUCCGAUCUGCUUUCAGAGGGAGAAGAGGAAGAAGAUAAAGACGGAGAAGCCCGCGGUAGCUCCGUAACGCCCAGGGAUAAAGCCGCCUGGGUUCCUCACAGCACAACUGCUUCUAAGAGGCUGAGGCACAAGGGAAGUACAGAAACUCACAUUUCUCAUGCAAUAUUUAGGCGAGAUCAUGUACUUAUGAAAUAGAACGGCCAGGUUGUGAAUUGUUCUCUGUACUGUAUAUUCUGAAGUUAUUAGAUGUAAGAUUAGAAUUUAAAGAGACAGUUCCCCCAAAAAUGAAAUGAUCUGUCAUUAUCCCUCAUGUGGUUUCAAAACACAGAUUGUAAAAAAGAUGGACAACACGUCUCCAUAAAAAAUUAAGCCAAAAUAUCUAAAAAAUGGCCGCGGACUUCUUGUGCCGAUGACGGCAUUUGAAGCCAGAGUCUGCGCAGUAGUGAUCAAGACUGUACGGUAUCACACUGCAAAAAAUGACUUUCUUACUUAGUAUUUUUGUCUUGUUUUUAGUACAAAUAUCUAAACAUUCUUAAAUCAAGAUGCAUUUUUUAGACAAAAAAUAUAAAAUUUGUGCUAAUUUAAUUUGUGCUUAAAACAAGCAAAUAAAUCUGCCAAUGGCGUAAGAAAAAUGUUCUUGAAUUUUUCUUGAAUUAAGUGUUUAAGAAAAAAGUCAACUUAUUUAAAAAAAUGUCUUAUCUCAUUGGCAGAUUUUUUUGCUUGUUUAAGGCACAAAUUCACUUAAAUUUGAUAUUUUAUGUUUAAAAACUAGAUUUAUUUUCUUAGGUCAUUUUGCUCACCGAGAAAAUACAUCGUGAAAAUAUUUUAGAUAAUUGUACUGAAAACAAGACAAAAAUACUACAUAAGAAAGUCAUUUUUUGCAGCGCAAGGCCUCGCUCAUUUUCACAUUUAUUCAGUUCAAUUUAAUUUAAACACACAAAUCAAUUUAUUAAUAGCAUCUAAUAAUAAUCAGCAUAAACCAAACUUAUUAGAAAAAUGAAAAAUUUAAACAUACUUCAGUAUGAUAAAUAAUUAACUUUAAAAAAAAGUUUUUUUAAGUUGCCAGCCAGUGCCGGAAUUUUUUAUGAUUUUCACAAAAGUUCAAUGCCUUCCAAAAAAUGUCCAUUAUAAAAAAAUUCAUACAAUCUUUGUUUGUUUUCUUUUUAUCACCUCUCAAAUAUGGGUAGGUUUCUUCAAAAUAUCGUAUUUUGAGCACAAAGCUGAGACAUUUUUUGUAAAGGACUUUUAUUAGAGAUCAGAGCGAUGAUCACAGAGUUUUUACUGUUUUUGGAUCAGUGGAUGCUUCAGUGUUUUAUAAGUUGGGUAAAAGUGCCACCUAGUGGAAAAUAGUGGAAAUAUGGAUUGCGGUAAAAACUCUUCAUUGGCAGGAAAAGACUUAAAAUAACAGAAACCAUCUCUGCAAAAAAUGUAUUUGAAGUGUCAUUUAAUUAAGUUUGGCUCACAUUCCAUUUGUUUACUUCACAGUUCACACUUACAAAUAAUUCUAAACAUGGUCAUUAAUAUGCGUAUUUGCCGUGCUGUCCGAGGAGAGGGCUCUGAGCUCGUUAAUGGCCUGAGCCCGGAGCGCCUCCUGGCGGGGAAAGGGUUCCGGGCUCGGCCUUAGGCCCCGAACCCAGAAUAAUCCCCCCCUGUUCUGGUUAGUAAGGUGACUAGGCAAUCGUGCGGAGAAGGGGAGGUGGAGGGAUGCUGAAACUAUCAAGGAAUGAGGGUGAGUUGAUUUCCAGUCUAUAUAGGUUUCUGUUAAUGCCGAUCAGGUGAACACCUGAUUGCUGAUUGUCGACAGCUGGUCAUAGUUAUAAGGUAAUUAGGUUGAUUAUUUGAACGUGCUCCUCCCUAACUUUGUAGAGGGCUGGGCUUUAUGACCUUUACUGCAGCCAGCCACCAGGGAGCGAUCAAAAUGUUUUAGCUUCAAUUUCAAGACACAUGUGGCACCCCAUUCCAAACCUGUAUUGGCGCUUUUCCAUUGCAUAGUACCCCACGGUUUGGUUUAGUUUGGGUUGGGUCAGCUUACUUUUGGGAGCUUUUCCAUUGGGUGCAGUACGUAGUACCCGAUACUUUUUUUCGUACCACCUCGGUUGGGGUUCCAAGCGACCCGAGCUGAUACCAAACGUGACGCAAAAACACUGUAGAUCACUGUUGGUCUGAGAAAAUUGUCACUACAGUGUCAUCGCUAUAAUGUAAAAGAUUAGCUUUACCUUCAUGCUAGCUUACGCUGUCUUGAGCAAACAUGUUGUCAUUUGUGCUCUGCUAUAAGUUCCCAAACUCCCUUUUAGCGAUGAAAAACAUCCACAGGUUGAGAAUCAGUGACACCAUAACAUUUUCUUCCAGACUUGAAGUUUGUGGCGGAACAUUCGCGACGAGCACGUCAGCAUUAUAUGCUUAUAUGCAACUUCAAUGAGGCUCAGCGGAGCAUGGUCGACUGACGCCACGGUGUUUGAACAGAAACUUUCGUGUGAGACUGAGGUAACGUUAGUGAUAAACUUGAUGUGCAAACAUCUAUUUGUGGUGGUCAAUUUUAAUUUUGUGGCGGACUGAGAAAUAAAUGAAUGUAUGGGAAUGUACAAGGACGCUCUCACUUGUAUGAUGUCACAGCAGUAGGCAGCGCAAAUAUAACGACACGCCUAUAAUCCCUCCCACUGCGAAGUGAUACUAAACUCAAUGGAAAAGCUAACCACGCCAAAGUGAGGUGAGGUGACUCGACCCAAACUAAACUAAACUAAACCGUGGGGUACUAUGCAAUGGAAAAGCGCCAUAGGACUUUCUUUCUUCCAUUGAACAUAAAAGGUGAAUAGGUCUGUCAUGCUAAAUAUAAAAAGCUUUUCAAAGCUUUGAACCAAUUGCUGCGCAAAAUGAAGCAUUCAAAACACCAUAAAUGCUGACAUCAGCUGCUGGUCAAAAUAGUGGCAACGUAAUCUAGGUCCAAACAUUUUGCAAAUAUGUUUAUAAAAUCAUAAAUAUUAGUGUUAUUGUGGUACGUCAGUUGUUAUUCACAUAGCAUAGGUCUUACAAUAUUGUUUUCCAAAUUCUCAAAAUCAAAUACCAAAUGAGGGGCAAACACAAUGACACAUUUUAUUUUAUUAACAUUCAUGAUGAAACUGACCCGAAAUUGUUGAAACCAUAGUAGACACUGAUUCAUGAGUUCACUUUAUGAUCAACACCCCCUAGUGAUGAAUCAUCAAAGUUUCGAAACAGUAAUUUAUUUAUUUAUUUGACCCUGCUUGUGAAAACCAAACUGAAGGAUUUGAAAGAACAUGAGUUUGAAUAAAUAGUGAAAUUUCAUUUUUGGGUGAACCGUGCCUUUAAGAAAGAAUGUGUAGUAGACUAAGACUAGGUGUUCAAAGGUAUAACCUCUUCCUGUCCUCUUUAUGAUUGUUAAUUUGAAACAUUUACCAAAUUGUCUCUGACCCUUCCAGACUCUUCCAGCGCCCAGAUGGUCCUGAUGUCAUCAGGACUGGGUGAGAGCUAUUUGGCAGAGACAGAGAUGUGAUACUGGAGCUGCCUAUGUUUUAUGCUUGCACUGUACGACUACUGCAAGACCACCAGAUAGUGUGUAACCUCUCACACCGCAUGACCUGUAGCACUUAGCGCAAGACAGCUGGAACAAAAACCUUAAACACCAAGUGACUUAUACUACGCAAUAGUGAAUUAUUUAUUUUCCAGAUGUACAGUCUAUUUAUAAAUGAAUAUUUAACCAAUACCAGUAUACUCUGAUAGUUCAGCUGUAUAGGGUUGAUGUGAUGGCCUGAUGUCUGAAUAAAUCAGUUUACAUCUUUUUAAA